AUGUGGGGCCGGGACCUGGCUUCCAAGCCCACCUCGGCCUUGCUGGCCCCUUGGCCACAUUGGCCAUCAGCACCCCUGCGCCUGGGCUGUGGCCGUGGCGCCGUGGCCAUUGGAGCUGGUGUUUAUUCUCCAGCCUGCAAAGAAAAACUAGGCUGUGAGCUGCCUGGGCAGCUUUUAACUAAAUUCCUGCCUGUCAGACAUAGGCCCCAUUUUGAGCGCGGAGCUGCCUUUCCAGAGCGGGGCUCCUGUCCGUCCACGGCGCGCGGGCCGCGGGCCUCCCUGAGCCGCGCCCUCCACCCCACAGGUGCCUCCGGCAUGGCCACGGCCGAGGUGCCCAGCUACCUAGUGUCCCCUCAGACGGAGAAGCACCGGCGGGCCCGGAACUGGACGGACGCCGAGAUGCGCGGCCUCAUGCUCGUCUGGGAGGAGUUCUUUGACGAGCUGAAGCAGACCAAGCGCAACGCCAAGGUGUACGAGAAGAUGGCCAGCAAGCUGCUGGAGAUGACCGGCGAGCGCCGGCUGGGCGAGGAGAUCAAGAUCAAGAUCACCAACAUGACCUUCCAGUACAGGAAAUUAAAAUGCAUGACAGAUAGCGAGUCCGUCCCGCCCGACUGGCCCUAUUACCUAGCCAUUGAUAGGAUUCUGGCCAAGGUCCCCGAGUCCUGUGAUGGCAAACUGCCGGACGGCCAGCAGCCGGGGCCCUCCACGUCCCAGACCGAGGAGUCCCUGUCGCCGUCGGCUAAGUCCGCCCCUCUGUACUCACCGUAUAACCGGUGCUCCUACGAAGGCCGUUUCCAGGACGAACGCUCCAGCAGCUCCUCCAGCUUACUGUCCCUUAAGUUCAGGUCAGAGGAGCGGCCCGUGAAUAAGCGCAAGGUGCAGAGCGGCCACUUCCAGAAGAAGAAGCUGCGGCUGCUGGAGGCCAUGCUGGAGGAGCAGCGCCGGCUGAGCCGCGCCAUGGAGGAGACCUGCCGCGAGGUGCGCCGCGUCCUGGACCAGCAGCACCUCCUGCAGGUGCAGGGCCUGCAGCUGCAGGAGCGGAUGAUGAGCCUGCUCGAGAAGAUCAUUGCCAAGUCCAACGUCUAGGGCACUCGGGCCGCCUCCCCCUCGGCCCCACCCGCCCUGGGCUGGGACUUCCCUUCUGAGGGGCCUUGUGAGGACCCCACAGGCCCUGGGACACCCUGAGGCCCCACCUCCAGCAUUAAGCCCCCUUCGGACACACGCCAGGUGACUGGGUGAUUCCCCAGCAAGGAGGUGCCAGUGUCCCCUCUCCGCCACAGUCACCGUGGACAAGUGGAUGGCGUUUGACGUUAGGUGGGCGAUCCUUUCUCCCUGCCUGGGAGCAGAGCCACCUUCCCAGGCCCCGAGGGGGCACCAGGUCGGCCCGUUCCCGAAACGAGCAAAUGCAAACGGGUUCGAGGCGGGUGUGCACGGCCAUGAAGUCCCUCCUGGAGGGGAGGGGUAUCUCCCUCACCGAGUCCCCCAUCUGCCCUAAUGUACCUUCUGACCCUGAGGGAGCCGGGCUGCCUCCCAGAGCCUUUUUAUUCCUGUUGCUGGGCUGUGGGGUGCUGUGCCCG